CGGCCCCCUCCCCCCGCGCACCGCCCUCCACGCCGGCAGCAUGGCGCGGGCCGCCGCCGUGGCCGCCUGCGUGCAGGCCGUGCUGGGCAGCCGCGCCAGCGCCAACCGCGUCUUCGAGCUGCUGGAGCUGCUGGGCGGGGAGGACGAGGAGGAUGCCGCGUGCGCCGCCCGGGCCUGCGGCCGGCUCUUCGGGGCGCUGCUGGAGCGCGGGGAGCUGCUGGCCGGGCCGCUGCCCGCCGAGGAGGCCUGCCUCGCCGGGAGCGGCAGCGCCGAGGACAAGUACAAGGCGUGGAUGCGGCACCGCUACCAGGAGUGCGUGGCUGGCCUGGCCGAGCUGAUGGGGCACGGCGCCUUCCGCCUCAAGGAACUGGCGCUCUGCACCCUCAUGAGGUUUGUGGAGCUGGAGGCGAAGCACCCGCUGGUGGCAGCGGAGCGGCAGGGGAGCCGGACCUUCCCGCGGGAGCGGCUGAAGGUAGUUGUUGAUGGUUUACUUCCCAUAAACGAGGAUGCUUCGCUCCUGAUUUCUCGCUUUCAAGAAUACAUGGAGUACGAUGACAUUCGGUACUUUGUCAUAAAGGCGGUCACUGGGAGUAUCACACAAGUCAUGCAAAAGACAAAAGAGAGGCCGCUACCAUUUUACCAGCAGAAUGUGUUUUCCCUCAUUUCGCCCAUUAACAUGCCGAACAAAGAGAGUGACAUGGUCAAAUUUCUGGUGAAGCAAGAUAACUGGGAAGAACUGAAAGUGUCAAAGCUGCAGGCACACAAGCAGGCGUUUGAAAAAAUGUGGCUCAGUUUUUUGAAGCACAAGCUACCCGCUGGCCUUUACAAAAAAGUUCUUGUUAUUAUGCAUGACUCCAUCCUGCCUUACAUGAAUGAACCCACUCUCAUGACAGACUUCUUGACAGUGGCCUAUGGCAUAGGUGGAGCAAUCAGUCUUCUAGCCUUAAAUGGAUUAUUUAUUCUGAUUCAUCAGCAUAAUCUGGAAUAUCCUGACUUCUACAAAAAGCUGUACAGUCUUUUAGAUCCUUCUAUAUAUCACGUGAAGUAUCGAGCCCGCUUUUUCCAUUUGACUGAUCUGUUUUUGUCUUCAUCUCACUUGCCGGCGUACCUUGUGGCAGCAUUUAUAAAGCGUCUCUCCCGGCUUGCCCUCACUGCUCCUCCCGAGGCUCUGCUCAUGAUCAUUCCCUUCAUCUGUAAUCUCUUCCGGAGACACCCUGCGUGCAGCGUGCUAGUGCACAGACCGAAUGGGCCGGCAGGUAUGUCAGAAGACCCGUAUAUUAUGGAGGAGGAGCAGCCGUCUCAAAGCAGGGCUUUGGAGAGCUCGCUCUGGGAGAUUCAGACUCUACAAAACCAUUAUCACCCAGACGUGGCCAAGGCAGCCGCUAUCCUGAACCACUCGCUGUCUGAGAUCGAGGAUGAUCUAUCGGGGCUUCUGGAGCUCUCGGCUUAUGAGCUUUUUGAUAAAGAAGUAAAGAAAAAGGCUAUUGAUGUGCCCCUGGAGUUUGAGCAAGUACGAGGUUUGUUUGGGAAGAAAAAUGAUAUUUUUGCAGAGCACUUCACUUUAGAUUGAUGUUGUCUCUUGCAAACACAUCUGCACAGCUGACUGAUCUUAGGGACAUGCACAAAGCUCUCAUGUUGUGCUCGGCAGUUCUGCUUCUGAAGUAUCCCCUGUGUGAGAGAGCUGGACUGCUUGAGAAAGGUGCAGCCUUCUUCAGCAGCCUUUGCCACUACCCACAGAUGGGCUUCUCCUUUGUUUCUCACUCUUGCAUACUGUCAUCUAAUAAUUUUAGGGGGAUUUUCCUCAGAGCAGGGUUUUCUGAACUUGUUUGUUGCUGGCACUCCAGCCUUUUCUCCAAACCUGCUGGUGUGGGCUGUGAUCAGUGACUGCUGGGACAGACCAUCUUGCUGCCAUUUGGUGGGACUGCGGGGGACUGCGGUCUCUGGCUACUGCUGUUAUUUUUCAGAUGUGUUACUUUUAUACUGGACCUGACAACCUGUUUGUAGCAAGUGAUUUCAAUACAUAGCUGUAAACACCUGAUGAUACUCUAUUUUUUUAUAUACAAUUUUAAACUCA